GCUGCUAUAGGUCUCCUCGCGUGUCGCCUCCCGCUGCUGCCGCUCUCGAUCACCUGCUUCAGCGGUUCCGCCGGAUCUGAUGAUGGAGGCGGUGGAAGACACCAAUCUGGAGGCCGCGAUCGGCUGGCUCGCAGAUACCAUCCUCGCGAAUCUCCCAGCCGGCGGCAAGCUGAAUUCAUGGAUCCGCCAAGCUGACCUCGGCAACGACGUCGAUAAGCUCAGGUCCGAGGUGGAGGCGGUGGACAUGGUGGUUUCUGCUGUGCAGGGGAGAGCGGCCGGGAACAAGCCGUUGACCCGAUCUCUGGCAGCCGUCAAGGAGCUGCUCUACGACGCCGACGAUGUGGUCGACGAGCUGGACUGCUACAGGCUCCAGCAGGAGCUCCAACCAGAGACGCUGCUCGAAAUGGAUGGACAUGAAACGCAGCAAGUUGAAAGAUCUAGUGAAACUGCAGUUGGUGUACAGAGUAGCGGUAAUAGCAGGUUACGGUCCAAGGAAUGGAUUCACUUUGACAUCACAGAGUUUGAACAAAACGGAGGGCCUGCCAGAGCAAGAUGUAAACUCUGCCAAACAGAGCUUAUGUGUGAAACCAAAAAAGGGACAUCAGUUUUGCGCAAUCAUCUCAAGAGCAAAGCUUGUAGCAACAAACGCCGAGCAAGUGACCCUUCUUCAAGCACUGUCGAUGCUACCACAAUUUCUACGCAUGUUGCAGCAGGUAAUUCAUCUGGCAGAAAAAGGAUGAGAACCGGUGAGGUGUCCACACACAUACCCACAACUAACCCAAAAUUUUCCGAAACGAUACAAGACAUCACUUGUCAGCUGCAAGGCAAACGAGAGGCUAUCACAAGGCUUCUCAAGAUACUUGGGUCAGACUCUGGUGCAAGUUCAAAUCACCAUCAAAGUACAAUCUCAGAUCCACGCCGAAGAACAUCAAGUCUUGUUCAAGGAAAAGUGUAUGGGAGAGCUGCAGAGAAGAGAUCCAUCAAAGCGUUGGUAAAAGAACACAAAUCAACUGCCGGUGUUACUGUUCUGCCUAUUGUAGGCAUCGGAGGAGUUGGGAAGACAGCUCUUGCUCAGCUUGUAUACAAUGAUCCAACUGUGGGAAGUCAAUUUGAUCACAAGAUAUGGAUUUGGGUGUCUAACAACUUUGAUGAAAUGAGACUCACAAGAGAUAUAUUAGGUUACGUCUCCCAAGAAACACAUGAUGGCCUAUGUUUUCCCAAGCUUCAGGAGGUCUUGAAGGGUCAUGUUAAAUCAAAGAAAGUUCUACUUGUUUUAGAUGAUGUCUGGGAAGACAUGGAUAAAUGCAGAUGGAACAAAUUGCUGGCUCCUUUCAAGUCUGAUGGUGCAAAUGGCAAUAUGAUAAUUGUGACAACUAGAAAACCUUCCGUUGCAAAUAGGAGAGGAACAAUUAGAUCAAUUAAGUUAGAGGGUUUGAAAAAUGGUGAUUUCUGGCUAAUGUUCAAAGCAUGUGCAUUUGGUGAUGAGAACUAUGAAGAGCAAAUUAGUCUAAGCGAGAUUGGGCGGCAGAUAGCAAAAAGAUUACAGGGAAACCCAUUAGCAGCAGAAACUGUAGGGACACUGUUAAAAGAUCAUCUUACCGUAGAUCACUGGAGUAACAUUCUGAAGACCGAAGAUUGGAAAUCCUUGCAACACACUGGCGGCAUCAUGUCUGCUUUGAAGCUUUCCUAUGAUGAGCUGCCCUACCAUCUACAGCAGUGCUUCUCAUAUUGUUCUAUAUGAUCAUUCUUGCGCGUGCUUCACGAUCUCAGAGUCCUUCCGCUUCACCAAUGGACUCCACUGCUGCAUGAGGAUAGAGCAUUUGUAUAUGAUGUUAGCUGGGUGCGACGGGAGAGUGCCCUCAAUGGUAACUUUAUUGUGAGUGAGCCAUAAGGACCAUAACAACGCCCCUAUACUAGUCCACAACACAUGCUUGCUCUGUCCGACCGAAUCAAGUAGCCCUACAAGUUUAGAAGAGGACCGCGGGACCCAGUGGACGCCAGCCGCCUCGCGCACAGCGCUCCAGGUGAACCUUGCAAGUGGGCAUAGAAAGAAAACAUGGUUUGCGUUCUCGGGGUUCCCACAUACCGCGUACGGACCCAUCACCGGACCGUUUCGUUUAGCUAUGUUGAUAGACGUAGGGGGCCGAUCUUGGAACAUUUGCCAAGGAAAAACUUUGAUCUUCAGCGGAACGCGGGCUUGCCAGAGUCCUUUAGCCUCCCUCUGUGUUGUCCCUUGGCACAAUUUGUGAUAUAA